CGAUUUUGUCGAAAGUCAGGAUUCCAGAGGGCAUGCUAAACUUCCCGAACCAGGCGCGGGCCUUUCAAUUCCUCCCAACACAAAACCCUGAAUUGUCGUGUUCACACAAUAUUAUAUUACCAGUAUAUAUAUAUACACACACACACACACACGCACACACACACACGUACAUCCAUUUCUUAUUCUUUCUCCAAACUCAAAUUCUCGUUCCCAUCGUCUUCAAUCUUUUCCUUUGUUGUUGGAUUGAAUUGCUUUUCGAUUUCAAAUAUGUCGAAUCCCGAGGAGCAGAAGCAACCGGAGCCCUCAGCGGAGGCUGCCGACGUGGAAAGUCAGAGAGGGAGCUGGACGGCGGGGUUCGGCGUGUCGGCUAUCACGAGGAGAUGGAAGAGAGAGGAUCUAUUGAAGAGAGGCUCUCUCGGCUUGAGAGGAUUGGCUCUAUUGUUCUCUCUGCUCGCUUUGAUCAUCACCGCUAGCAAUAAGCACGGUCCUGGCCUCAAUUUUGACCAGUACGAAGAGUACAGGUAUUUGUUGGCAAUAGCGAUUCUGUCAACGCUGUACUCAGGAGGGCAGGCAUUGCGGCACGUCCACGAAAUCUCGACCGGCAAACAAAUGCUUGAUCGACGAAACUCUUCUCUCGUCGACUUCUUCGGAGAUCAGAUUAUAGCAUACCUGUUGAUAUCAGCAGCAUCUUCAGCAGUUCCCUUGACAAAUAGGUUCAGAGAAAAUGCAGACAACAUAUUCACUGAUUCCUCAGCAGCGGGUAUUAGCAUGGCUUUCUUUGCCUUCUUCUCAUUGGCACUGUCGGCACUCAUUUCAGGAUUUAAACUAUCAACUCAGUCUUACAUCUAGACAUCAAAAGUUCUUUUCUUGUUAGUCAUUCUUUUUUGUAUUUAACACAUUUCAUUUUGAAACCUUACACGCACACAAACACACACACAUACACAUGAUACCUUGUGUAAAUUUACUUAUUGAAAUCGUAUAAGUGCAGAUUGUAUUUGUGUUUUUCUUUUUCUUUUUUCUUUCUCAAUGCCUUUCAUUAGGUGUGUAAUUGUUUACAAUAAAAGGAAUUUGUAUUAUAAGGUGCUCAGAUUUUUACAGUUGCAUCAUGACUACCCUGUUCGUAUACGGUAUAUACAAAAGGAUAACCUGAAAAACAGAACAUUACCAGGGCA